ACCCGCGACGAAGAGUUCUGGUCUAGCGACGGAGACAUCAUCCUCGUCGCACGCGACGUGGAGUUCCGCGUAUACAAGGGCCUUCUCGCGGACCACUCCCCCGUGUUCAGAGACAUGUUCUCUCUUCCUCAAUCUCCCGCGCCGUCUUCAACAACUGUACCUGCGGAGGGUCCGCGUCCCGUGGUUCAUCUGUCGGAUUCCUCCGAAGACCUGCGCCAUAUGUUGCGUUCGCUGACAAUUUGCUACAGCGCGUUUUUUCACAAGGACCCUGACUACUCAUACCAUACAAUCUCGGCCGCAGUCCGUCUUGGUCACAAGUAUCAGAUGCUGGAUCUGCUCGACAACGCCCUC